AUGCACUUCACCACCGCUUUCCUCACCUCUGCUGCCGCUUUGACGGCGUCAGCGCUCCCGCAGACGACUCCCGUCUCCGAGGGCACAGCAUUCGGUGUCAUCACCAUCCGCUCGGGCUCUGAGAUUCAGAACAGCGGUGUGCAAGCAGCCCGCUCGUCCCUCCUAGUAAACGCUCAGUCUCAGAACGCGUCUUGCGACGCCGAUUCCAACUUCGCAACCUUCUACAUCAAGGAUGAGGAGCUUCACCUCUACGAGAGCAAGACGUCUGCCAGGCCUCAGACUAUCUUCGUGGACCGCUCCGGAAUGGGCAUGGGCAAGAUCGGCUACGUGACCGGUGCUGAGCCCCUUGGCAAGAACUGGGAGACUAAGGGAUGGACGGUCGACAACAAUGAGCUCAAGUUCAAGGAGACUGGUAUUCAAGCUUGCCCAGGAUCCAUAGAUGGUGCCUGGUCCGUAUGGCUCCAAGGGGUGGAUAAGCCGGCUUACCUUGAGGGAUGUGUUGGCGUGACUGGGUCUGUGAUCAAGACCGACUCCCCAAUCGGCUGCUGGUAUACCGAGUAG